AUGGAGAACCUCACUAUCAUCACAGAAUUCUUCCUCAUGGAUAUCUCAAGUUCCCGGGAGUUUCAAGUCUUACAAGGUCUGCUGUUCUUAGUGAUCUAUCUGGGAGCACUGGCUGGAAAUCUUAUGACAAUUAUAGUCAUUGUGACAGACCCACAUCUUCACUUCCCAAUGUAUUUCUUCAUAGGCAAUUUAUCUUUCAUAGAUCUUUGCUCUAUUUCAGUUAGUGUUCCCAAAUCCAUUGUGAAUUCCCUGACAGGUAAAAAAUCAAUCUCACUCACUGAAUGUGCUGCUCAGAUUUUCCUGAAUAUUUUAUUGACGGCUAUAGAGCUUGCUUUUCUUGUGGUGAUGUCAUAUGACCGCUAUGUUGCCAUCUGUCAUCCCCUGCACUAUGGACUCAUUGUCACCCCACAAAUGUGUGCACAGGCAGCAGGGGGCUCUUGGGCCACUGGGCUGCUCUAUUCCACCAUCCAUACAGUCACCAUGUUCAGGCUUCACUUCACAAAAUCCAAUGAGAUCCAUCAAUAUUUCUGUGAAGUACCUCAAAUUUUCAGGAUAUCAUCUUCAGAUGUUCAGUUUUCUGAAUCUGUGCUCCUAGCUGUAAGUGCUGGCAUAGUGCUAAUAUGUUUUGCCUUCAUGCUUAUGUCAUAUAUUAAAAUAUUUUCAAAUGUACUUAAGAUCCGCUCUGUGGAAGCUCGUAACAAAGCCUUAUCAACCUGUACCCCACAGCUGGCAAUUCUAUUUUUGUUUGUCAUUUCUGUGGUAGUUGCUGCCUUAGGUCCUAUUGCAAAUAAAGCAUCUCUUAAAAAUCUUCUGACAGCCGUGUUCUACAACAUGCUGCCCCCAUUUCUAAAUCCCCUCAUCUAUAGUCUGCGGAACAUGGAGAUUAACAGUGCUCUAGGCAGAAUGUACAGAAGACACUGUGAGUUCCCAAGAAGGGUUUUAAUGAUUAAAAUACUUUAA